AUGACAGAGGAACCAGUAAUAUCGUCUUCCUACCUCGUGACAGAGGAACCAGUAGUAUCGUCUUCCUACCUCGUGACAGAGGAACCAGUAAUAUCGUCUUCCUACCUCGUGGCAGAGGAACCAGUAAUAUCGUCUUCCUACCUCGUGGCAGAGGAACCAGUAAUAUCGUCUUCCUACCUCGUGGCAGAGGAACCAGUAAUAUCGUCUUCCUACCUCGUGACAGAGGAACCAGUAAUAUCGUCUUCCUACCUCGUGACAGAGGAACCAGUAGUAUCGUCUUCCUCUCUCGUGACAGAGGAACCAGUAGUAUCGUCUUCCUACCUCGUGACAGAGGAACCAGUAAUAUCGUCUUCCUACGUCGUAACCAGUAAUAUCUUCCUACCUCGUGGCAGAGGAACCAGUAAUAUCGUCUUCCUACGUCGUAACCAGUAA